AUGGCACCAGGACUUGUAGACCCAGCCUAUCAAUCGAUUGAUACGGCACCCAUCACAGCAGUCAAGCAAGCGGUCAAGUCUACAAACAUACAUAAUUACGUCCCAGGACGCACGACUGUAACCAAGCACGACGACACAUACGAGUUUGAGCACCUACGAACAAGGUUUCCUGAUAUCACAUGGCCUGCACUAGAGGAGAUUCCUUACGCCGAUAAAGGCUUACUCGGCGAUGUCAACUUCAAGAACCUCCUAUCGUCUGCUACCGAGGUCUCUGAUUACAACCCCAAGAUUGGCACAGAGAUCCGCGGUGUAGAUCUCGCCAACCUUACCGACCCCCAAAAGAACGAUCUUGCAAGGUUGAUUGCGACACGAGGUGUUGUCUUCUUCCGCGACCAGAAGAACUUUGGCAUCGAAGAACAGCGUGCUCUAGGUCAAUACUUUGGUAGACUACACAAGCACGCCACUACUGCUGUUCCCCGCCAGGAAGGACUCGAGGAUGUUCACGUAGUAUACACUGGCGAAGAUUCGCCUGACCUUCGCUCACUGUUCUCCCCCACUUUCCUGUGGCACUCCGACGUAACAUACGAAAUCCAACCUCCCUCAUACACCUCCUUGAAGGUACUGAGUGGCCCGCCUCGUGGCGGUGGCGGUGAUACACUCUGGUCAUCCCAGUACGCCGCAUACGACAUGCUCAGUCCAAAUAUGCAGAAGUAUCUCGAGUCGCUCACAGCGCUGCACUCUGCAGAGCUGCAAGCGCAAGGUACGCGCGAACUCGGCCGUACCGUACGCCGCGAGCCAGUCACGACUGAACACCCACUCGUCCGCACCCACCCUGUCACGGGCUGGAAGAGUAUAUUUUUCAACCCCGGUUUCGUCACCAAGAUCGUCGGCGUUCCGAAGACCGAAAGUGAUCAUGUCAUCUCUCUGCUCAACGAGAUCGUUGCCACAUCACCAGAGUUCCAUGCCCGCUUCCAGUGGCAGGCUGGCGACGUCGCCUUCUGGGACAACCGUGUCACCAACCACUCUGCUACAUAUGGUUUCGCACCACACCGCCGCCAUGCAGUUCGUGUCUGCAACCAGGCCGAGCGACCGUACCUCGACCCCAACGGCAAGUCACAAGAGGAUGACCUGAGUGAGCGCUAUGGCAUCCCCAAGGCAAACAAGGACGGCUCGGGUGUUGUUAACUACAACGAUUGA